UGUAACAGGAACCGCUCUCAGUUGAUUCCUGCUUCUGUGAAUAGUGGUGAAAAUGUCGGGUUUGUGCACAUCUCUGCUCAUCCUGGCCUUCACCACUUACUCCGUGGCUGAUGUUGGGGACUUUACCCCCUGUUUGCAAUUCUUCUACAGAUCCUGGCCCCCCAAAGGCCUGGCCGGGACCUCGAUCUGCCAGCGUUACAACAACACAUACCACUUUGCCACAUUGUACAGUCGACCUCGACGUUCACCGUGGUUGUCAGCUUAUUUAUACACAGUACCAACUGGAAAAAGACCCAAAGCUUCCUGGAAAUAUGAACCACAGUUAGCCUAUCCUGCAGCUGAUGGCAACAUGAUGCCCUUCUCGCCAGGACCAGUGGACCUGAAUGUUGUGGAGAGCCAGGCAGUGGAGUUAGACUACAUUAACUCUACCUAUUCUCGUGGCCACCUAAACCCUAGUCUUCAUCACCAGACCUACCAGUGCCGCUCCUCCACAUUCACCCUCACCAAUGUGGUUCCUCAGAAGAAAUGGUCCAAUGAUGGACCAUGGGAAAACCUAGAGCAGACCGUCAACAAGACCUUGGCAGCCUACUGUCUUGGAGAAGCCUACAUAGUGACAGGCAUCAUUCCCUACCAGAAAGACGAGCAUUGGAUCAAGAAUCGUGUGGCAGUGCCAGAGUACCUCUGGUCCGCAUACUGCUGCCCAAAGUACAACCACACUAUUCCCAACAGACUGAAAGAUGCCUUUCCCACCUUCGCCGCUAUCGGACGCAACGACCCCAACAGCACUGAGGAGAUUGUUCCAAUAGACAAGACAGCUAAGAAACAGUUUAGGGGAUAUGAUGUGAGACAGAUGUCUCUGAACUCACUUGAGAUGUACCUGAAGGACAGAUUCAACACUGUUGUCAGUGUUUUUAAUGAGCAAUGUGCUUAAUCAGCUUAUAUGUUAAUAGAAAAUUUAAUGUUCAUCUAAAUUUUGUUUGAUUCAGGACUUGAUUGAUUCAGUCUUGGUCAUCCUCAAGAUAAUACUAUAAGGAAAUACAACUAUGUUGAUUAUAAAUUGUAAACACCUCAUCUGAUAGUAUAGGUUCAUUAGACAUAGCUUUUGACUAGAAGAGUUGCCAGCUCAAGCUACUGUCCAGUUAGCUUAGUUUGGCUUUGUUCAUUCGUUUUGAACUGCAGUUUUAAUGACAAGCUAAUCAGCUAAUUUCUACUGUGUAGGUAAAUUUAAAAUCAACCAGGUAAUAUUUUAACCUUUUAAUUUACUUUAUGCACAAACAACAUAAUGGCGGCAUCAUGGGUAGAACAAGAUUUAUAACAGGCAGUGGCCAGAGCUUUCAACUGCAAUUUUAACCAGUAUGUCGACAUGGUGGAGGACCUUUAGUUGGAAUGAACAGCAUUAGCAUUAUUCAAUAAAGCUCGAACGGGAUUGUAUUUUGAGUUUGCCUGAGGUUGGAUGGUCAUAUUGUAUGAGUGCAUAGUAUGUGGGUCAUAGUCAAUGCAACAUGUGGUACAAGGUACACGGAUGUCCUGAUGUACCCACUGUUUCUAACAUGAGACUAAUGUUUCAUUUGUAUGAUUGCAUGUUGCAACCUACAGGUCUACCUGCAACCCACAAUACGACCCUUCAAACUCUGUUAGGUGCUGACAAUGCCGUCUAAUGUUUCUCUGUGUUUGAUAACCUUCGGUCCAUCAACUGCCUAUAACACUAUGGCUCCACCUGUAAUGACUCUACAUAAGUACCUGUUCUAAACAUGCCAGCUUCUUGCCAGUUGUUGCACUUGCUGGUAAAUAAUUUUUGCCCAAUUUUUUUUCCAGAAAAUUUCAUCAUAUUAAGGGCAUAUACAAACUUACUACUUCUGACCAGAUGACUAGAUGGAGGCCUAUAUCUGUCCAUAUAAUAGUGUUCUUCACUUCUAUUGGAGUUUUUUUUUAAUGCGUAAUUAAACUUUGUUUAGAUUUACUAAUAAAAUGUAUAAUUGAAUAAAUAAACUUUAUUUUUAUUUAAAACAUAAGUCACUAUUAUCUGUCACCUUUUCUGACAAUUCAAAAGUUGUUGGAAGAAAGGCACUGAUGCUGCAAUACAAAUAAACAUGCAUUCUCAGUUCAACAUAAUAGUAGAGAGAAGUUAUUUUCCGGAAAUAAUAAAGCAGAAGUACUCUGAAGAAAGUCACAAUUUUUUGUGUCAUAAAAUGCAGUGGGGUAAUUCAGUCACACAAGUUUAACCUCUGAAGGGUGGCAGCAAAAAAACUUAUUUUCAGAAGUUGAUUCACUAUGGAAGUAAAUACAACUGUUUCACACUGAAAAGUACUUUUUCUGUUUAGAUUUAUUUUGUUUUGUUAGAUUUAUUUUGACAUUUUGGAAAAAAGCUUGACCCUGAACAUUCAUUAAUGUUUUAAGACUGUUCUAAUACUCCAACCCAAAGUAGAAAGAUUUUUAGCCCUAAAUGUUUGCAUGUCUUUUUAUCUAUAAAAAUGCAAGCAUGUGUUGAUAUGUCUGACUUCAGCUGAAACAGAGCAAAAUACAGACUGAUGCCAAAGUUUGAUUUGCUUUUAGACAGACUGUUCAUACUCUCUGUUUAAUUGGGCUUGCUAUAAAAGAACAUCACUGGAGGUAAUGUACUCCAACAGUGAAAGCGUUUGUUUCUGUUGCUGUUUUUAUUAUUAAAAAUGCUCAUUGACAGAGA